UUAUAAGCCGUACACGGAAGUAGCCACUGACAAAGCGCCAAAAAGUUUUAGAUUUACUGCUUUUUAGUCAACUGCAAAACUCAAAAAAUAGUUGGGCUGAAAUAAUAGCCUCAAAAGUCGCAAUGAACUCAAUAAAUGAGUACCUUUGGACUUCACAUAAAGUCAACUUUUAACCGUCCACUUGAGAUUUCCGCUGUCCGGCCGCCAUAUUUGUCCGUUUCUAGGGAAUGGACAACGCAUGCAUGACGUAUACUUCCACCAGUGACUCUGCUCCACGAGCAGGGUCUGUGGUGGCUGACCCAGGUGAGCCCCGUGAAUAACGUCAGAGCUAAUGGAACGCGUAUAACGGCACGGGGCUGACCCGCGUCGACCUGGGUGAGCUAAACGAACGCACCAUGUACUGACAUGAUGAGUAGUACAGCACUGAGUUACUUCCGGACACAACUACCAACAUGACCGACCGGCUCUCAUGUCUCCCCAUGCUGUCCUAAGCCGCCGAAUCUCAACGCCAACUUGCGGAGCGGCUGUCAUCCUUGUAAAUCGAAGCCGAGAGUCUUGUGGAGAAGUGUUAUUCCUCUUGGUGAAGUAGACCAAGAAGCACUACUCCGAAAAUGAGGGAUUUCAGCAAGGUUCUGGGAGGUAGCCUGCAGGGCACCAGAUCGCGCACUACAUCGGCCAAAUUGCUUGUUUUGAUUCUUGCGUGGGCGUUUGCUCCAGCCGCACGUUGUGGCGACGCGGAAUCUCGUCCGCCGAACGUUGUACUUUUCAUAAUGGAUGAUGUCGGGAUGGGAGACAUUGGAUGCUUUGGUAACGACACGAUCAAGACGCCUAACCUCGACAACUUGGCCCAGGAAGGAGCCAAACUGACACAGCACAUGGCCCUGCCGUUAUGCACGCCCAGUCGAGCUGCGCUGAUAACUGGUCGGCUGCCAGUCCGAUAUGGUAUGGGGGCCGAAGGAAGGAUGAGGGUGUUUAUUUACAUAUCGGCGCGUGGUGGUGUACCUUCUAACGAAACCACGGUUGCCGAAUUAUUGAAAGACGCUGGAUACGCUACGGCCAUGAUAGGCAAGUGGCACUUGGGCAUUUCAUGCACCGAUGAGAAUUCCUGCUCCGAUCCUAAUUCGCAAGGAUUUGACUAUUUCUACGGCCUUCCCGUGACUAACCUACGGGACUGCGGAACGGAGAGCACCGUCUCCUAUGCCUGGGCCAAGCCGCGAAGGGUAUACGCCAAGAUGGCGUACUCGGUACUUGGCGCACUGGCAGCCGCCAUGCUCCUCAAGUGGAUGGAAUUAAUUGGCUACAGGAGCGUUGUGCUGUUCCUGUUUGUAGCCCUCGCUGCCAACGGUUCACUCUUGAUGUACUGGAAGGCAAUCAGGAUCAACUGCGUCCUGAUGGAGAACCGUGAGAUCGUGGAGCAGCCACUCCAGUACGAUCACCUGACCGAGCGCCUGCACAGCCGCGCCGUCCAAUUCAUGGAGAGCCACCAGCAGCAGCCCUUCCUGCUUGUCAUGUCCUUCGUACAGGCUCACACGGCGCUUUACAACAACGACCUGUUCCGCAACCACAGCGUGCACGGCAGCUACGGGGACAACCUGGAGGAGAUGGAUUGGAGCGUCGGGGAGGUUCUGUCGUCACUCAAGAAACUGGGCCUGGAGAGAAACACCUUUGUGUAUCUGACGUCAGAUAAUGGAGGUCACGUGGAGGAGUUCACAGACGAUGGCGAACGAGAAGGCGGCUGGAACGGAAUCUAUAAAGGAGGCAAAGGUAACACAUGGGAGGGUGGCAUCCGAGUUCCUGCCAUCGUCAAACUGCCUGGCGUCAUCCCGCCAGGCACCGUGGUGUCUCAACCCACCCACCUACCGGACGUCUUACCAACAGUGGGCCGAGUCACCGGAGUCAAGCUGCCCACUGACAGGAUCUACGAUGGUCGGGACCUCAUGCCAUUACUGACUAAAGACAGUAGCGAGAUGACACAUGAGUUUAUGUUCCAUUACUGUGGAGUCUUCAUCAACGCUGUGCGGUACACGCCAGAAGGGGGUGACACCACGUACAAGGUUCACUACACAACCAGUCGUCUCAUUCCAGGGCCCCAUGGCGUGCUGGGCUGCUUCCAAACCUACACGUGUGAUUGCACGGGCUGGAGCACGGACCAGCACGACCCGCCCCUAGUGUACGACCUAACCAGGGACCCCUCGGAGGCUAGCCCGCUGGACAGCAAGGACCCAAUAGUCGUAGAGGUCAUCGGCAAGGUGGAGGAGGCGGUGUCCAGACACCGUCUGACGAUUCCCGAGCAGCAGUCGCAUCAGUUCAGCGUUCUGCAGACGUUCCCCCGCCCCUGGGAUCGCCCGCGCUGUGGGAGCUUUCCCUUCUACACCUGCACCGAUCCGUACCUGAAUCAUUUUAAAGCUGACAAGAAAAAGACUCCGAGAUAGUAGAUAUUUUGGAUUCCAUCUAUUCUAGCACUAGCGUAUCCGUAUUUCCAGUCAGGGAAGGCACAACUUCUGAAAAAAAACCCACUUUUUGUCGUUCGUAAAAAAAACACAUGUUAAAACGGGGGAAGUAUUUCUUUCAUUUCCUAAAAAGAAAUGAAAAAAAGGACGAAAUGCCCUUCUGGAUACGCUGAGCUUAGUCGCAACGUCCUGGGUCAAAAUUACAUGGUUAUUACUGAGUAGUUAAUUUCAAUCAAAGUAAAGAUUUGGUAUUUUCACUGAACAUAAAGCUAUUAACAGAGGCUGAGCGACGACAUUCAGUGUAGCUAUGGAAACCCUACUCCCGUUAGUUGCAACUUGGAAAAUAGUUAAUAGUCGUCGGUGAUUUAAACACCAUUAUUCCUUGUUAUAAAACUUAUUCUCUAAAGCCCUGGACAUCAUGAAUAAACAUAAAGCAGAGAGAGGACGCCCUCUUUUUAUAUUGUGGGAUCUCGUUUUGGGAAAAAUAUCACCCUUUUUGACGGCUUCAUUAUUGGUCGAUACCGAGACCCAAGCCAAGUCACGCCGAGUGACGCUAAUGAAUAUGCUAAUACAUGUGUGCCUUUCGUCACUGUGUUGCCGGGCCGAAAUCGGUCAACCGUAGCGCCUGUAUCUCGACAUCUCAGCUGUGUAGCAUUUCCUUGGAAAAUACUUCCUGCUGUUGCCGAUUAAAAA